AGAUUUUAUUUUUUGAAUUAAUAGUUCAUAAAUAAAAAUAAUUCAUAAAUAGUUUGAACUCUUUCAAAUAACAAAAUAUUACAAAACAUUUGCUCCAACCCAAACAUUAUUGAACAUCAUGGUUUUGAGAUUGAGUUGUCAAUCUUUUUUUUAAUUUAAAUUUGACUGUUGUAGCAAUAGAUAAUGGAACUUAAACAAUUUUAAAAUGGCUGAGAUUUUUGUAGCUAGAAUUUCAUUAAAACUAGCUUGGAGUCUUUUUGCUCCAGCAGGAGCUUCUAGAUUAGAGCAAGGAGAUGUUACAGAAGAAAAAAUACGACAGAUGUUGCUAAACGAAUUUCAAAAGAUAAAUGAACACCUAAAUGCUUUGAGAAGAAAAGAACUUGUUGCUGCAAUUGGAUUAUUAGAAACAGGCGUGGAGCUGUUUCAAAAAGAUAAUAUCACUUCUUUACAAGAGUUUCACAAGUGUAGAGAGCAUGCGCAAAUGGCAUUUGGAGUUGUAGCAGAUGUCAGCGACAAAAUUUUAGCAACAAAAAUUUUGGUUGUGGCGACUCUUCACGAAUUUCAUGACAACUUGUUAACUGCUAAAAGUUUGUGUUUAAAGUAUUUAGAACGAGUGAAUUCGCUACCCGAAGUUGCAAGAUCUUGCGAGCUUGUUUUUUCGCCGCAAAGCAAUUUUUCAAGUAAAAUUUUAUGUCUGAGUGGAAAAUCAAAGCGAGAUAAUUUGUUAAAUGAAGUUGCAGAAAUUAAUAUGACAGUUUAUAAUCAUUUAAACGAAUCCAAUCAGCAAUUAGUUCCGUCAGCAAUUAGCUUUGGUAAAUAUCACAUCAAUCCUUUAACUGAUAUGAUUUUAUACAGAUUACCAAAAGUAGUUACCGAACUUCCUGAAGAAUUAACCGAAUUUAUUUCAGUGUGUUAUUCUGAACCUUAUAUUUUUGCUUCGCUUAGUCAAAAUGAUUCACUAAAUAAUGAUGUUGUUGCAAUAAAUUGUCGAACUGGAAACAUUAGGCACCUAUUUGGGCACGAAAAAUCCGUUAUGUCGGUGUGUGCGAACGAAAAAUAUCUUUUUUCUGCGUCAUUUGAUAAAAAUAUAGUUGUUUGGGAUAUUGCAUCCCUGGAUCCUGUUAAAAUAUUAAGUGGACACGAAGGUUGUGUUAAAUCUGUUUGUUUAACCGCGGAGUGGUUAUUUUCUGGAUCAACUGAUGGCACAGUUAGAAUAUGGAGUCUUGAAACUUUUUCUUGUGAACACAUUUUAAAUGUUGCGAAGCCAGUCAUAAAACUUGUUUGUUCUAGAAGAAAGUUUUUAUUUUCCUUAUGUGGCUUAAAUGAAGUUCAAAUUUGGGAUUCUAUACAACUAAAGCUGUUACAUUCGUUUAGUGCUCCUGGAAUGCCUUAUAGUAUAGUUGCAAAUGACAACUAUUUGUACAUUCUAACAUCUUCUCCAUCAGAAACAACCGUCCAGUGUUGGAACCUUGGAUCGUUAACUUUAAAUCUGAGUUUUGCUGUUAGUACUAACUUUGUAAAAUGCUGCGAUACGCCAUAUUUUUUUUGCGGUGAUAAAACUAUUCGAAUGAGUAGCAGUGCCAGCGGCAAACUAAUAAUCGAACAAGAAGUUGUAUUGGCUGGAAAUGUUGCAGAUAAAAUUAAAACUAUGUGGAUGAAUUCUCAUGAGUUAUUUGUUUUAUGCCGAAUGCAAAAUAAACAACAAUUUAUUGUUAAAUAUUGAUUUAUUAUUUGAUUAGUGGUGAUAUUUUUCAUUUCAUUAAAAAGAUAGGAUCUUUGGAUAGUUGAAUUGGAACAGCUCGGAUGUCCAGUUUAAA